AUGGCGGCGUUUAAGGCGGUCACCUGGUGGAAGUUUGGAAGCUUCUCGGUUCAGCCCGAAAUCGAUGGUAGUCAGUAUGGCAAUGAAGUGAUUGAGGUAAUUAGAAGAAACUUUUAUGUAGACAAUCUCCUCAUAGCAUCUGAUGACAAGGAAUCUAUGAAACAGUUGGUGAAAGACCUCAUUGAUCUAUGUGCUGCAGGAGGUUGGCGCCUGAAUCAGUGGACAUCUAACAACAAAAACAUUCUGGCGACAAUUCCUGAAGCCGAGCGAGACAUUUCAGUUGCAUCUCUGGACUUGAGUAAGGAUGAACUUCCAAUGGAAAGAACUCUGGGAAUGCAUUGGUCAAUGGAGAAUGACUAUUUCACCUACAAGAUCAAGCCAAACGACAAGCCACUAACUCGACGAGGAGUGUUAUCAGUAGUGGCUUCCAUCUAUGAUCCUUUGGGUAUGGUUGCACCUUUCACCUUGCCUGCUAAGCUGCUGCUACAAGACAUGUGCCGACAGCAGUUGGGAUGGGACGAGGAGAUGGAAACGGCUGAGGUGACACAAUGGAAGGCAUGGCUCAAUCAACUUCCCAAGCUGAGAAAUUUCAAGGUGCCUAGAAGUUUUAUUCCCAUGUCCUUUGGCACUGUCAGGUCCUGUCAAUUACAUCAUUUUGCAGAUGCUAGUCAAGUUGGAUAUGGUAUUGCCUCAUACUUGAGGCUUGAAAGUGCCACUGGUGAAGUCUACUGCACUCUGGUAAUGGGAAGAUCAAGAGUAGCUCCAUUGAAAAGGAUGACCAUUCCAAGAUUAGAGUUAACUGCUGCGACUGUAGCAGCACGUAUGGAUCAGAAGCUACGCUCAGAACUGGACUUGAGAUUAGAAAAGUCUGUCUUCUGGACUGACAGUACUUCUGUAUUGAAGUAUUUAUUUAAUGAAAAGGCGAGAUAUCAAACAUUUGUGGCCAAUAGGGUGAAUCUCAUUCGUGAAUUAUCACCUAUUGAAGCUUGGAGGUAUGUAGAGACUCGGUCUAACCCAGCAGAUUUAGCUUCAAGAGGAGUUGACAUGGACAGCUUCCUCGCCUCUUCAAUCUGGAUCACUGGGCCGACCUUUCUUAGUGAAAAUGAGAAAAUGUGGCCCAUACUACCAAAUGACGUCAAGAGAGGAACCUUAGAGGACGACUCAGAAGUAAAACCACCACAAUUAGUCUGUGAAACAGUCAUCACAGCAAUGUCAUUCAUUGAGGAAAUUGCCAGUCGCUUCUCGAAUUGGAUGACAUUUGUGCACUGCAUUGCCUGGUAA